GCGGCCGCCGCGGCAGUCUCCACCCCGGAUACCACACUCCUUCCCCCCGGCUCAUAUAAAGCUAGCAAGUUUUCCAGGCCGUCUUCGGGCUGCUCCAUUUCUUCUUGUUGAUGGUUAGACUCUGCGAGAGAAGGAUGAAGUUCCUCGUAGCCGUGACGGUCAUUGUGGGAUCGUUGAUUUUUCUCGCUUUUCCUAAUGGCUCCUCUGCUGACGAGAAGAAGAAAGGCCCCAAAGUAACCGUGAAGGUGUUCUUUGACAUGAAAAUUGGAGAUGAAGAAGUUGGAAGAAUUGUCAUUGGAGUGUUUGGGAAAACUGUUCCCAAAACAGUCGACAACUUUGUCGCCUUGGCGACAGGAGAGAAAGGAUUUGGUUACAAGGGCAGCAAAUUCCACAGAGUCAUCAGUGACUUCAUGAUCCAGGGUGGAGACUUCACCAAGGGGGACGGAACCGGAGGCAAGAGCAUCUACGGAGAUCGUUUCCCCGAUGAGAACUUCAAGCUGAAGCACUACGGCUCUGGCUGGCUCAGCAUGGCUAACGCCGGCAAAGACACCAACGGCUCACAGUUCUUCAUCACCACCGUUCCGACGCCGUGGCUGGACGGCCGACACGUCGUCUUUGGAAAAGUUCUGGAGGGAAUUGAAGUGGUGAAGAAGAUCGAAGCCACAAAGACAGACACUCGCGAUAAGCCACUUAAAGACGUCAUUAUUCACGAUUGUGGCAAAAUCGAAGUGGAGAAGCCAUUCGCGGUGGCCAAGGAGUAGAGCGGUGCUGCUGGGGGAGCCCAGGAGGAACAGGACUGUGAGGGGUGUUGGGUGGGGGGUGGGGAGAAAUCGUGCAGGCCACCUUGUUUUUAUCACUAACAGCCCCGUGGUCCUGAGGAAGGGGCUUUGGGGUCAUUCGGUGUCUGUGGCUGCCGUCUUAAAGCACCAGAAGAGCAAUCAUGACGACACUCUGGGUCCAUUUACCAACGAGCAUUCCAAGGUGCACUUAACUGUUCGUUGUCCUUUUUUUUUUUUUUUUUUU